UCCAUUUAAAAAUGACUUUUUAAAUGUAAUUGUGCUUCUUUCAUCUUCAGUUUUUUAUAAAUCAUUCAACCAAUAACGGGCAUGGGGGUGACCUGGAGAUGUGUUUAUAUGAACCACCGUGGGAAGUGUCCUCCAGUAGUUUCUUGGCUACAAGCUUCUUAAUACGUAAACAGAUAACCGUGUUUUCCUUUUAGAAAAACAUCAGGCACUGAAGCCAGUCUUUACUAUUGCCUAUCAUCCUUCGCACUUUCCGUAUUGAUGCACCUGAAGGGCAAAUUAAACCUAGGGAAGAACUCUGGGACGACGGGAGAGCUACGCCGCGGACGUCCAGAGGCCUCGCGCAGCGGGGCGAGCCAGAAGCAGUUGCUCAGACGAGAGUAGGAGCUCCCGACCCGGCGCGAGGCAUUUCCCUUGUUUUGGAAGCUUCCCAGGUGGAAAGAGAAAGAAUUUAAACUCUGAAGGAGGAGGAGGGGAAGGCGGCUCCUCCUUUGUGGCUAAGGGAGCCGUCUGACUUUCUCGGCCCGAGGUAGCCCGGCAGAAGGGAGCCACCGCCGCUUCCUCUCUCAGUCCGGUGUUCCCGUCCUCUCCCCUCCCCCACAAUGCAGUGCGCGCCGCGGCUGACAUGGCGGCCAGCCCAGAUUGAGGCGCUCGCGUCGGGGCCUCCAACUGCCGGAGCAAGACAUGGAGGGGGACGCGACCGGGACAUCCCUGGGGUGACAGCCAGGAAAACUGAGGCAUCCCACUUCACCAAAUGUUACAAAUUUACCUCAUGCCUGCUUUGUACACCACAAAAACACUAGACAAUCAUCCAGUUACCCUGCUUGAACAGAGGAUUUUGCUCCAUUCAGAUUGUUGCAAAAUUACAUUUCAAAUAGUCUCAAGUGAUAGACAAAGCAGGUCUUCUCAAUAAUGGAAGAAGGCAAGAUUCCAAAAAGUGGAAAUCAUGACAUAAGAAAAUCCACCCGUACUGUGUGUGAAGAAAGCAAGGCUGUCAAAGCUGUAACCAAUCAAAAUUAUAAAACCAACAGAAAUGACAAAUCUAUAAAAGAAGCUGGAAAAAGUUCUUCAAGUGGUAGCAGUUUCAGAAAGAAUAAGCAAAAUGAUGUUUGUCCUGAAAAGUCAGGAGAAAAUAAAUCACGUAAGACAAAUAGUUGUAUUCCUGGAUGUAAAGACAUGGGAUCAGGUCUUCAGGAUCAAAAUCAUAGCAAAGGAAAAAGAUUACCAAAUGUAUCAACAGUAGUAGAAAAUCUGAAAGAGUUAAAAGUUCAGCAUGUGCAUGAAAACCUUCGAACUUCUCAUAUUUUAGAGAAUGGUGCCAGCACAGAAACCCUACCAACUGCCCAAAGAGGGACUCCUGAAUCGGAAAAUCCACUAAGAGAGGAUACCUCCAAAAUUAAUAUUAAUUGGUGUAAUGACUCACACAAAAGUGAUUUGGAUCUAAGACCAGUAGAACAAAACUCUGAAGAUUACUGUAAAAUAAAGAAUUCUGACUCUGCUAAAGAAAGUAAGUCAGAAGCUGAUUAUUUAGAAAAUGUUGCUGUAAUGGAUGAAUCUACACUGAUGGCAGAAGAGCAGUUAGGCUUGAAACAAGCUGAAGAGCGACUGGAAAGAGAUUAUAUUAUCCGGUUGGAAAAACGUUCUCCAGAGUACUCUAAUUGCCAGUACCUAUGUAAGCUGUGUUUAGUUCACAUUGAAAAUAUCCAGGGAGCUCAUAAACAUAUUAAAGAAAAACGCCAUAAAAAGAAUAUCAUGGAAAAACAAGAAGAAAAUGAGCUCCGUGCCCUCCCUUCCCCUUCCCCUGCACAAGUUACUGCUUUGAAUGUUAUGCUGAUGGAGGCAGCAAAAGAACAAGGAAUAUCAGAUGAUGAUUUCAAAGUCCGCCAAGAAAUUGUAUAUGAUAUGGAAAAGAUAAUUCAGCAAUACUUACCAGAAUGUUCACUGAGGAUGUAUGGAUCCUGUCUAACUAGAUUUGCUUUUAAAACCAGUGAUGUUAAUAUUGAUAUAAAAUUUCCCUCCACGAUGAGUCAUCCAGAUGUUUUGAUACAAGUGCUCGAUAUUUUAAAAAAUAGUGCAUCUUACUCUGAUGUGGAAUCAGAUUUCCAUGCCAAAGUUCCUGUUGUUUUUUGUAAAGAUGUUAAAAGUGGUUUAACUUGUAAAGUAAGUGCUGGAAAUGAUGUGGCCUGCCUUACAACUGACCUGCUAGCUGCACUCGGCAAACUAGAGCCAGUCCUUGUUCCUUUGGUGUUGGCUUUUCGCUACUGGGCUAGACUAUGUCAUAUUGACUGCCAGGCAGAAGGUGGGAUCCCUUCAUAUUCCUUUGCCUUAAUGGUGAUAUUUUUCCUUCAACAAAGGGAACCACGUAUACUACCAUCAUAUUUAGGCAACUGGAUUGAAGGCUUUGAUUCUAAGAAGGCUGAUGAUUACCAACUGAAGGGAAUAAAAGACAAGAAGUUCAUAGUGUGGGAAUACAAACUAUUAAAUAAUGGAGCAGGGAAAAAUGUAAAUGCUGUAGAAGGCAAAACUAAAGGAGAACAGCACAGAAAUAGUAACAAGAGUACAGCAGCCUUGGAGCCAGAUGUCCAGAAUAAUCCGAAAGAGAAAAAAGGCCAUUCUCCAUUGGCAUUGGAAACACCACACCAGAUAUCUCUGGGACAACUCUGGUUAGAAUUGCUGAAGUUUUAUACACUGGAAUUUGCUUUGGAAGAAUAUGUUAUCAGCAUACGGGUACAAGAACUUUUAACUAGAGAAAACAAGAACUGGCCUAAAAGGCGAAUAGCCAUUGAAGAUCCUUUUGCACUAAAAAGAAAUGUUGCACGGAGUCUGAACAGCCAGAUGGUGUUUGAAUACAUCCUGGAGAGGUUCAGGACAGCAUAUAAAUACUUUGCAUGUCCCCAGAAUAAAGAUGAGACUAAGCCCAAACCAGAUACUAAGAAAAAGGAAAAGGGAAAAAUUGGUAGCAAAAGAACUGGAGAACCUGUAAUCAACUGUUGCCUUCCACAGCAGGCCAAUAUUACAGGGAAACAUAAACCAGGUCAUGGAUGUAAUUUGCAGGACUGUAAGUUUAAUGAAUGUAGUGAAAUGGAAUCUAUGACUAGGAGAUGUACUGAGAAACUUAAAAGCUUGUUAGUAAACUCAGAAAGUAUAAACACGGACUCUGGAGAUAGAGAGGAAACUGUAUCUCUUAUUACUAAUGAAUGCUGUGAAUUAGAACAAAAAUCACUUAAAAGAAAGGAUGAUCAAGAGCUUUCAGCUGAAGAAGAACUAAGCCACUGUUGUGUUUUUAAUGAACAUAAAUCCUUUGAUGCAGAUUCUGUUAGUGAAUUAUCUGACACUGAAAGACUGGAUGCAGUAACGGAAUAUCCAACAAAUAGCAUGUGCUCAGGCACUAGCAUAUCAGCUACCUCGCACAAUUGCAAAGCAGUAGAGGAAAUUCAAGACAUUAGAGAUGAAGUCACCACAGAAGACAUGCAUUAUGUGUUCGAUAAAUUUAUUUUGACUUCUGGAAAGCCUCCAACUAUAGUAUGCAGUAUCUGCAAAAGGGAUGGCCAUUCCAAAAGUGAUUGUCCAGAAGAUUUUAAGAAAAUUGAUUUAAACCCACUACCACCAAUGACAAAUAGAUUUAGAGAAAUACUCGAUCUUGUAUGUAAAAGGUGCUUUGAUGAAUUGUCACCUCCUUUCUCAGAACAACAAAAUCGAGAGCAGAUUCUGGCAAGUUUGGAAAGAUUCAUUCGGAAAGAAUAUAAUGACAAGGCCAGGCUGUGCCUGUUUGGCUCUUCAAAGAAUGGAUUUGGAUUCCGUGAUAGUGACUUGGAUAUCUGCAUGACUCUAGAAGGCUAUGAAAAUGCAGAGAAAUUAAAUUGCAAGGAAAUUAUUGAAAGCUUGGCAAAAGUUCUUAAGAAACAUCCAGGUUUAAGAAACAUUCUGCCUAUAACAACAGCCAAAGUGCCUAUAGUAAAAUUUGAACAUAGACAAAGUGGCUUAGAAGGUGAUAUCAGCUUAUAUAACACACUGGCACAGCAUAACACAAGAAUGCUUGCAACUUACGCAGCCAUUGAUCCAAGAGUGCAGUACUUGGGAUACACAAUGAAAGUUUUUGCAAAGCGCUGUGAUAUUGGAGAUGCAUCCAGAGGAAGUCUCUCUUCGUAUGCUUAUAUCCUCAUGGUAUUAUACUUCUUACAACAGAGAGAACCACCAGUAAUCCCAGUACUGCAAGAGAUAUUUGAUGGGCAGCAGAUCCCUCAAAGAAUGGUUGAUGGUUGGAAUGCUUUCUUCUUCGAUGAUACUGAUGAGCUGAAAAAACGUUUACCUUCUCUUGGGAAAAACACGGAGUCACUGGGAGAACUCUGGUUAGGGUUACUGAGAUUUUACACUGAAGAGUUUGACUUCAAAGAAUAUGUCAUCAGCAUUCGUCAGAAGAAGCUGUUAACCACAUUUGAGAAACAGUGGACAUCCAAAUGCAUUGCUAUUGAAGAUCCCUUUGACCUGAAUCAUAAUCUUGGUGCAGGAGUUUCCAGGAAAAUGACCAAUUUCAUAAUGAAAGCAUUAAUCAACGGGAGAAAGUUAUUUGGUACCCCUUUCUAUCCAAUAUCAGGAAGAGAAGCUGAAUACUUUUUCAAUUCCAAAGUAUUAACUGAUGGAGAACUGGCCCCAAAUGACAGAUGUUGUCGUGUCUGUGGCAAAAUUGGUCACUACAUGAAAGACUGCCCUAAAAGAAGAAGGGUAAAGAAAAAAGAGAAUGAGAGAGAUGAUGAAAAGGAAGUAAAGGAGGAAGAAAGAGAUACCAGAGAAAAGAGAUGCUUUAUGUGUGGUGACAUGGGACAUGUUAGAAGAGAUUGUCCUGAAUUCAAGCAGACAAGACAAAGAAGCAACGGCAUACCAGCUUCUCAAUUAGUCAGAAGCCUGGUAAAUUCACAGCAAGUCACUGGAUCAAUUCAACAGCAGGUAGAAAGACCCUUGCAUACCAGACAACCAUCAGAAUGUUCCGAUUCGCAUCAGUCAUCUUACUCUCCACAGCCUCAGCAAUUUCCCCAGAAUUCCUCUCCACCAGCCUCCAUUAACCAGACUCAGCCUCAAUCAAUAUCCCAGUCUAAGCAUACUCUGCCGCCCCAACAAGGGGCACAGCCACCUCACCAGGUCCAGCUGCCUUUGUUUAACUUUGCCCAAUCUCCCCCAGGUCAGUAUUCCACCUUGCCUAAUCUGGGGCUAUUUCAAAUGCCCCACCACCACCAAAUUCCAUUUCCUAACACUUCCUGGCCUGUUAUUCACUCUGCACCGGGUAAUCCUCCUCACGCAACAAACGUUCCAUUUUCGGUGAGGGCUGGCAGCAGCAACCCACCCAAUAAUCAGAGCACCAUAAGCUUGAAUGAUCCUAGUAUCAUCUUUGCACAGCCUGCUGCCAGGCCUGUGGGAAUCCCCAGCAGUUCUCACGAGGGACCCUGGCACAACCCUGUGACUCUAAGCUCACUGGUGAACAAUGGCACAGUGGGGAAUUCAGAUCAGGGCUUCCAAGGACAAUUUGGUAAAGGAAAUCCACCUCCACCUAUUCCUUGGGACCACGGAGCUACUACCCAUUUUCCUCUCCUUCGAGGGACGUGGCCUUACAAUAUAUCUCCAAACUACAUGCAGCAGGGAAAUGCCAGUUACCCAUUGAACAAACCUUUCUAUCCUCAAGCUGGCUUACUGAUGCAGAACCAGCGGUUUUCACUUCUGUCUCAAGGACAUCCACACUUGAACAUGAAUUUUAUUCAGCAGAAGAAAUGAAUUUUAAUUAAGGGGAUGGGAAGAAAUCAGGUUGGAAUAAAAUCUUACUGCAACAUGUUUAGAUAAAAGAUUAUUUAAAACUGUUUUUAACUGUAUAAUUUGUACAUAGAUAUAAAAUAUAGUUUUUACUAGUAUCACAAGAAUUAGUGAUACAAAUGCCAUCUAUUUUAUUACCCUAUUUUUAAGGGAACUGUGUUUUAUUUUAUCUUGAUAAACUAUAAAGAGAGUUUUUAAAAUUAAGUUGUUUAUUUUCUAUUAGCUUUAUUCAUACUUUGGUUCAGACUUUAUAUCUAUUCUAAAAAGAAAUUAGAAGGAAUUCAUGUGUUAAAGCCUGUCAUUUCUUUACUGAACAAUGUAGUGCCAAAAAACUUUUUAAAAAGAAAAGAAAUAAAAUUGGAAAAUCCUAAAUCAUAGCCAGACUUCCUUUUAUAUUAACAGUUGGAUGCUACAUGGUUCUGUUUUUUUAAAACUAGAUGAAAAGGGUUGGGCAGCAUCUAUUUUAGCAUUUUGAAUAUAGAAACAUUUUGGAUUUGGAGGUCUACAUAAGGUAUUUGCAGCAGUAAAAAAUUAAAGAGGAAGCCUCACAUAUGCUUGUAAAGUCUUGCCAUUUAACUCUCUGAGCUCCAUUUGUGACAGCAUAUACCUUCAUACUUAUCCUUCCUUCAUGUAAUGUCUGGUACAUAACUCUGCAUGUAUGAUAUGUCAGUUGCCUGUUAAAACAGGCAAGUGAAGAACUUAACAAAACAGGGCCGUUUUCAUUAAAUCAAGCAUUUCUGGAAUGCUAAUACCACUUGGAGGCUUGGAUUGACACAUAAAACAUGCUUUCUAACCUGUGGAAGUGUACCUAAGUUUACCAGCAUGAAAAUCUUACUGCUCUAAUGAAUUAAAUACAGUCAGGUCCAGAAAUAUUGGGACAUCGACACAAUUCUAACAUCUUU